CUCACGCGGUGCACACUCCCGGCGAUGCAAACACAGCAUUAGAUGAAGGACUGCAUGCGGUUCCUCAGAGAAGAUGUCUUGUGGACGGACAGCCAGCACAGCAGUCAGGACUCCGUCCUAGAGUCCGAUGGCGUCAAGGACCUCGAACCAAGCAUCCUGUACAUCAACAAACUUAACCUUAAGUCAGCCGUCAUCGACGUGGGCGACGCCGACCGCUUCCUCCUGCGUCGGCCUUCGGCGGGCCGCCGGUCGGCCCUGCUCGGCUCCUGCGGCCGCACGGCCAGUCUCGAGAGCAGCACUUCGGCCGCCUCUUCGUCGCUCGCGCCCGGCUCGUUGCCGCCGUACUGCAGCGAGGACGAACUGUGCGAAGAGGAAAAAACAGCCCAUUGCUCACCAACAGAAGGUAGCAGCAGCUGCCCCAGCCCAGUCGGCGAUGAGACCGGACUUCAGCUGAGCCCCUCGCCGCAGCUUCGAGCUGGACUUCCCACGUCGCCCACUCACGCCCCAACCUUCAACCGCCUCUUCCCUCGCCCUAGACAAAGCCAGUCGGAUUCGUUCGCAGAACUUUUAUCCUCGCCAUUCUCUGAAGAUAGUAGACCCCAAAUUCUGCCUAGGAAUCCUCAAAGUGAACCCUCGUUUCCCCCUCCGCCACCUUUGGACGCCUUCCAAGAGGUCGAGCUUUACCAGCAGAACUCCUACCAGCAGGCUGAACAGGUGCAUCCGAGAGAAGCAGCUCAGUCCUACGUCUUUGCCCAAGAUUCCUCGCCGAGCCACGGCGGACCUGCGAGCCCUUUGCCCAGUUUCCAAGAAACCUACUCUCCUCGUUAUCGCGGCGGUGGCCCUGACUCGACCGGAGCUGAUUCCGACCAGGCCGCCUCUCCGCCUCCUCCGCCCCCGUCCUCUAGCGCCAGUCCCCCUGCUACCCUGCACCUGGCGGCCGCCUUCAAGAUGGCGGUUACUGGUGAACCAGCCCCCUUGAGACCAUCAAGCCACCUAGACACCGACGAAGACAUGGAAAAAGGCACCGAGUUCGCCGCGCCCUCGAGCUACUUCUACCACUUCAGUGAGGACUACUACUCGGACUACCCGUUCGCCGACACGAGCCACCACGCGCCUUCGACCACCCCUUGCUACAAAAGCGACGGCAGCCACGACUCGUACAGUCUGCCGCACUUCCCGGCCGCAAACAGCGCGGCCGUGGCGCCGCCGACCGACCACCGUCAGCGCCGCGCCUCCCUGCCGGUGCAACGCGCCUCGGACCCUUCGAGUGCGCCCCAGAGCUCUUCCCCCGUGGCGGCGCCGACCUCGUCGAGCCGACGCGGCGCCGACAAGGGUCACUCGCCGUCGCAGCUGUGCGCCGUCUGCGGCGACACGGCCGCCUGCCAGCACUACGGCGUGCGCACCUGCGAGGGCUGCAAGGGCUUCUUCAAGCGCACCGUCCAGAAGGGCUCCAAGUACGUCUGCCUGGCCGACAAGAACUGUCCGGUGGACAAGAGGAGGCGCAACCGGUGCCAGUUCUGCCGCUUCCAGAAGUGCUUGAUUGUCGGCAUGGUAAAGGAGGUGGUGCGCACCGACCUGCUCAAGGGCCGCAGGGGCCGCCUCCCGUCCAAGUCCAAGUCGAUGCAAGAGUCGCCGCCGAGUCCACCAGUGUCCAUGAUCACCGCUCUCGUCAGGGCGCACGUGGACACGUCACCUGAUCUGGACAACCUUGACUAUUCCCAGUAUUGUGCCGCUCCAGUAAUGCCGCAAAGCGAGGCUGACAAAGUCCGCCAGUUCUACCAUUUGCUAACCACUUCCGUCGACGUGAUUCGCACAUUUGCUGACAAAAUCCCCGGCUUUGGCGAUCUCAAGAGAGAGGACCAAGACCUCCUUUUCCAGUCCGCCUCACUCGAGCUCUUCGUCCUGAGAUUAGCCUACAGGACCCGGCCGCAAGAUCAAAGACUCACUUUCUGCAACGGCGUGGUGCUCGACCGACAACAGUGCGCCCGCACCUUUGGCGACUGGCUGCCGGCAAUCUUUGAGUUUUGCGCCUCUUUGCACGCCAUGGAGAUCGAUAUUUCUGCCUUCGCUUGCCUGUGUGCCCUCACUCUGGUCACAGAGCGCCACGGACUGAAAGACACUCGGGCCGUGGAGCAGCUGCAAAUGAAGAUCAUCAGUUCGCUGCGUGACCACGUUACGUACAAUGCAGAGGCGCAGCGCAAAAACCACUACUUCAGCCGGUUGCUGGGGAAGCUGCCCGAGCUGCGCUCGCUCAGCGUCCAGGGUCUGCAGCGCAUUUUCUACCUGAAGCUGGAGGAACUGGUGCCGGCGCCGCCGCUGAUCGAGAACAUGUUCGUAGCUAGCCUGCCCUUUUAGAUCUCCUUGAUUGAUUUUUGACACUUAAAAUGUUGGCGUGUGCGUGUGAAAAAUGGCUGUUGUAUUUUCUCAUCCUUUAGACCAAGUGUUCUUCGCCACAUCUCACGCGGUGUGUUGUAGUUGAUAUAACAAUUAUUCGCAAUCGAUGAUCAAUUUAACCAACCAAACCACCACUUGAGCGGAAAAUCUGUCUAUGUAUUAGUAUGAAGGAUGGAAAAUAAGAGUAUUGUUAUAUACAGAAAGUGAACAAGUCUCUCGUGUGAAAAGAUUUUUCAUGAAAUUAUCACUCUUCGUAUAAAAUGUGAGAUAAAUAUCGAGUUAUAAAUAUAUGUAUAAUGAUUGUGUAAUUUUAAUCCAAACACUUUUUAAAGAGACUGAGCGAGGAUUUCUGCGGAGAGAGGAAAAUGUGAUGCAGUAAAAUAAUCUUUAAAAAUCUUACUCUUGAGGCUUUUAAAAAAUUGGAAACAUAUAGAGACAGUUGGAUCAAUUACGUUGAUGGAGAUGCUUGCAAUUUAUUCUUGUACUGCUCCAGACACGCGCACUUCAUGUCUAAACGUCUCUCUCUUCUCUACAUAUUUUGGUGUUCUUACUGUACUUCCGAAUUUUAUCUCUUCAAUCCCAACUGUCCGUGCAAUACACGCAUAAAAUAUAAAAUAAAACAAUCAGCUCCGAAGCACAAUUUUCUAUACAAAACUUUGGUCUUCUGUAGAGGUACCUAUCAUAACAAUAACCAGUAAUUGAACUGUUUUCUGCAGCAGGGUAGCGAUGUAUUCAGAGAGGAACCGAAACCUUCGAAUUCAAUUUAGCAUUUAGAAGCGGCGAGAACAUUUAACAAUAGAUAAUUAAUAUUCCAGUGGUAAAAUAUAGAGACGAGCACGCGCACACAAGCGAGGCAAAAAAUUUAAUUAUCAUCAAGCUAAACCCACAAAACAACACACGGUCCAAAAUAGCAAUACAUUUUGGUGACAAAGUAGAAUAAUAUUAUUUUAAUUAACCGCGCCGUUUACCCUCUGAUCCCUGUAAAAUCUGCCUUUGGUUUUUAGCCAGCAUUAAAUUUAUUAUUUAGUUUUUAACGCGAACGAAAAUAAAUGGAAACCGCAAAAGACGCGCAAUAGCAUUUGAUGCACCUUAAGAGUAAUGUUAUUUAAAUAAAGCACACACGGACGCUGUGGCAUAUCAAUUUUACGUAGCUUUAGGGAAAAAUUGAAUUAGGUGUUUCCCGAUUGAUAAUCUCUCCGAAUAUUCUAUUGAUUGUGUAUAACGAGAGACAAGAGCGACUUUGUUGAUUGAUAUAAAUUAUGAAAUAUGCACAAAUAACCACCGGGUUUUCAAAGCAAAAUUAUCUCCUUCGCACACACGUUUUGGUGUUUUUUAGGCUGAUCGAGUUGUAAGAUCGUUUAUAUAAAAGUGAGCGUUUUGGCAUCUCGAAAUCUGCUACGUGACAUAUUAUGUACUUAAACAUUUAAAAAAAUAUAUAUAUUGCUAGGUGUUUUUUAUUCACGAACACUUUUUACGGAACUUUUGAAACUAUUCAUACAGAAACGAAAAAAGAGAACUUGAAAAAGCUGUAUUUUCUACUUGGAAAUUUUUAAUUAUAGCUUUUAAGAUUUUGGGUCGCCUUCGUUUUUAAAGAAUAUGUAUAAUACAAUAGGGAGUACAACUGCUUGUAACACGACAAAAUAAAAAUAUGAACGAAACGCGACCCAAAAGUGAAACUUAACGAAUUGGCACAAAGUGUUGAGAACGAUUGUAUAUUUUUAAUUUUAGUUUUGAAAACCAAAGAGAAUAUAUUCUAAAGAGAAAAAUCGAUUGUUAAUUUUUUCCAUUGCCAACAACUGCUUAUUUGUUGAAAAAAAAUUAUGCAUCUUUCCUUAGAGAAAAUACCACCGAGAGGGGAAAUAAAUAAACAAAAAUAUACACAAACUGGUGAUUGUGUGCGAAAUACAUGGUGAAUAAUCCGAUGGAGGAAAAAUCCCUUGUCAGACAAGAAAGAAAAAUCAAUAAUCCAGCAAGAAAUGGCUAUAAUGAAUGUGUAUUAUAAUUUACUCUUUUUUGUUGACUAUUGAAGUUUUAUCAUCAUACUAUUAUGUACGUAAUAGCACUAUAUAUUUUGCAGUGUAUAAAAAAUAAACACGAUCAAA